AUGGAGACUGAAAUGACGGUAGAGGUUGCUCUAGUAAUAUGGAUUGUUCUGGCAGCGACGAAGUCUGCUCUGGCGAGGAAGUUUGCUCUGCUGGUGGAGGCGGCUCUAACGGUGCACAUUGUUCAGGCGAUGAAACCUGUUUCGGCGAUGAAAUAUGCUCUGAAAUUAGAUAUCGUUCUGGCGAUGAAAAGUAUUCCGGCAAUGGAGGCUCAUCUAGUAAUGAAGUCUGCUCUUGCGAUUCAAGCUGCUUUGGUAGCGGAGAAAGAUUUGGUGAUGGUGAGACCUCUGGUAACGGAGACUGUUCUGGUGGUGUAUAUUGCUCUGGUGACAGAGACUCUUCUGGUACCAGGGGUUGCUCUGCGAAUGGAGACUGCUCUGGUGGUGCACACUGUGCUU